AAUCGGAGACGUGGAAUGGAAAAGUUCAUUUAGUGCAGUGGCAUAUUAUAAGCCUGAAAAUCGUGUUUUUAGACAGAUACUAGGCCUAGUAUUGUAGUAAUAUUAAUAAAAAAGGCCAGGCAAUAUGAGCUCAGGUGCCAGCUUCAAGUUGAUGCCAAUGCCAACUUCGGCAACUCCUCUAUGUUUCGACAAAGAGGAAUUCAUGAAGGACUCAUUUGACGUGGAUGCCUUUGUUGCCGACUGCCGUCGCCGGGUCCAGCUUGAGACCCUUCGAGAGGACCUUCACAUUUACUUCAAGUCUCUCAAAAAUGCCAUGGUGGAGCUGAUCAACAAGGACUAUGCAGACUUUGUCAACCUGUCUUCCAAUCUAGUAGGGCUGGACAAAGCAAUUGGUAAUCUCUCCAUUCCACUCGGUCAGUUCAAGGAGGAAGUUCUGACUGUGAGACAGGGCAUGGAUGACGCCAUCAGAGUUGUGGAGGAGAAAAUGGCGGCCCGUGCAAGAAUACGAGAGAAAAAGGCCAUUCUGCAGAGACUGAUCAACAUCACCAAGUCGGUUGAGAAGAUGGAGAGCAUACUGAAGAUAGCAGGGUCCUCAGUCAUCACUGAUGGGGAGGAUGGAGAGGAUAGCAUAGAGUUGUCAGGACAGCAGAUAGAGAGAGUGGCAUCGGAAUUCAACCAGCUUCAGUACUAUGUCACACAGAGCAAGGGCCUACCCCUGGUGGAGAAAAUACGACCGAGGAUAGCGGCCAUCACUGUCACCUUGCAGCACAGCCUAGAGAAGUCCUUCCAAGAGGGCCUGGAGACUGGGCAGAAGGACAUCCUCAAGCAGUGUCUACGCACCUACGCCACCAUCGACAAGAUGAGAGACGUGGAGGCGCUGUUCAGGAAGAUUGCCGUCAGGCCGUAUAUGAACGAGGUGAUUCAUGAGAAGUCGCUGCAGAACCAGCCCCAGGGACUGAAGGGGCUGUACGCCCGUGUCUUGGACUUUAUUCCCAAGCACUGCAGACUGAUCAGGCAGGUGACCUCACCAACAACCAGUUCCAGCAGCCAGGAUGUCGUGAGAGGAUAUGACUUUCUGGUCAAUGCAGUCUGGCCUGAGAUAGCCAGCAGUCUGGAAACACGAACCACAUCUAUCUUUGCUGCUGGCAAUCCUUCAGCUUUUCACGAGAAAUACCUGGCCACUAUGGAGUUUGUGGAGCGCUUUGAGCUGCAGUGUGGCUCCCAGGCCAGCGUCAAGAGACUUCGAGCUCAUCCCAGCUACCAUUCCUUCAUGACCAGGUGGAGUUUGCCAGUCUACUUCCAACUCAGAUUUCAGGAGAUUGCUGGUUCUUUUGAGACAGCCCUUAUGACACCCUUCAACACACAAGCUCAAGAAGCUACAUCAGACUUGGAGCUGAAUGCCUUCCAGACGCUGUGGCAGUGCCUUCAUCGCUGCUGGCAGCAGGACGUCUACUUAUCCCCCCUCUGCCACCGAUUCUGGAAGCUGACGCUGCAGUUGCUAUCUCGCAGUGCUGUGUGGAUAGAUGAGGUCUACGUAUCGGAGGUUGCGACGGAAAAACCAGAGACCGAUCCAUCCAAGCCGUCAGACACCGCAAAGCUAGGGACAACAUCAGCCUCAUCGAGUGACCCCAGCUCACAGAGUGACAGCAUCAAGGCCACGGCGACAGUCACAGCUGCAGGUGCUGCCAGCACUGCUGCUUCUACCAGCACGGCCGUCGCUGCCGCUGCUGCUAAUCCACCGGUCACAGUUGCCCAGAUUGUCAGCCUGGUUGUGGACGUGGAUCACAUAUGCAGCAAGUUACCCGCUCUGUUUGACCGCAUCAUCCUGCCCAGGGUCGUUGCGGUGAACUGCAAGUUUAUUGACAUUCUCUCAGAUGCCUUUAAGGAGUCUCAGGAGAGCCUUUCCAGACAACAGGAGGCUUUCCUAGAGUACAUUGCCAAGGACGUCUGCAGCCAGUGUGCCGUGCAUCUGAAAUCAGCCAAUGAUAUUCCUCGUCUCUACCGGAGAACCAAUCGGGAGCUUCCCAACAAACCAUCAGCCUAUGUCAGCAACACACUGAAACCCAUGCAGCUGUUUGUAGAUGAGCACGGCGUGAAAUUGAGAGAGGAGCGGAGGAACCAGUGGCUGAUAGGCAUCUUGACUAGCAUCUGUCAAGGCUACCUGACCAUCAGUUCUGAGCUCCUGUCCUCGGUCAAGAAGAUGGAGGACAGUCUGAAGAGACUCAAGGCACUGCGCAAGACAGAUGCUGCGGCUGCUCCCACGCAGCAGGGUACCAGUGAUGAUGACAAGAUCCGACUACAGCUGGCGCUGGAUGUGCGCUACUUUGGAGAUCAGAUCCAAACUCUGGGAGUGUCAAGUGCCGACAUUCACCCCUACCAGGAGCUUCUACAGCUUGUGACAUCGUCAGUAAACUCCAUUCUACCGUGAUAUGUGUCUUCGGACUUUACAUUGCUUACUUUUUUUCUGAGUUUUGAUGAGAAUACAGUUAUGAAUUUUUGGAAUGAAGUGAGCGAAGGAAUUAAAGAAAUUCCCCCAUAUUAUUACAGAUAUUUCCCCUGUAUUUGGUUUGAAAUACGGUAGUCGUGUUCCCUUGAUUGCUUAGAUUGCUCUAGAUGUAUCAAGAAUGUAAUAUAAUUAUCUCCUUACAUUAUUAGGGAUAGGUGAAGUUCAUCGACACUUUCAAUUAAUUUAUACUUUUUCCCAUAGGUAGAAAUCCAAGCUAAUAGGCCUACAAUGAAGCCCCAUGUACAUGUACAUUAACAAAACCUUGCAUAUUUAUUUUUGUGUUCACACAGCAUUUAGUAAACCCCAGGGAUACCAGUGGGUGGUGCUCCAGGGCCUGAAAAAUGUGACUUGCACUAAAUGAUUACAAUACUCCAUAAAGACACGGCUACACCACAGUGACACAUGUGUAUAGAGAUACAUGUAUGUCUACCUUGAACUGACAAUUCAUAGAGCUAGCAUGGUGAUUGUCAUGGAGCAUCGCAUGCAUAAUUUGUGUGUUGCCUUAACAAAGUUUGGGGAGAUAUAACCAGUCCUAAAUUCUGUGUGAACGUAGAACCGUAUGCAUGUUAAAGUUUCAGUUCAGUUUUUGAAAAAAUGUAUAACUUCUACUUGCUUUCAUGGAUUUUGAUGAAACUUGGAUGCAGUGACCCUUGGGUGGGAAGACACAAUUCUUCAUCGGAUUACUGAGGUCACAGGUCAUGUAGGGGUCAUUAGAGGUCAUUGUUUAAAUAUGCUUCAAAUGUUUCUUUGUCUACAGAAUUUGAUGGAUUUCAAUGUCAGUUGGAUGGAGCAAUCCUUGGUUGGGGGUUCAUCACAAGUCUUCUAAAAUUGGAGGUCAAAGGUCAGCUAGGGGUCAUUUGAGGAGGUCGUCGUUUAAAUAUGCACAAAAUUUGACUUUUUCCAAAACACAAAUAUCGACCGCGGAAAAAGGCAACACUUGCGAACCGCAGAUCACUUAAUUCUCUCUGAGCUUGUUAAAGGAGGAUUUAUUUUUCAGGCCUGUGAAGGCCAGGAAUGGAAAGACUGAAUUUGUUUUUCCAAAACCUAAAAAGGCCUAAAUUCAGGCUAUAGCCUGAAAACUGACAUCCCUAUAAGCCCAUCCCGCACAUAGAACACAUGUAUAUUUAUUCAAUUAUGUUCAGCGAAACCACCACAUUUUAUUUUUAUGUUAACAGUAAAGCAUGGCAGUGUAAAAUUAUGUAUCUUAAAUGCAUACAUUCUGUUGUAAGACUUAGUAUCUGGUGAAAGAAAACUCCAGCUUAGCAAUAAGGUUUCCAUGGCGACUUAAAUGAAAGCAUUUAUUACACUAAAUAAACAUCUUGUACAGUCGGACAAAAGAAUGAAUAAAAUAUAUCAGAAAAAAUAAUGCUUUGUGUAUUGCUUUUUUAAAUGUACGGAGUAAUUUAAAACCAAACAAGGCACUUCUAUCAAUAAAAAAUCCAAAAAUGAUAUACUGCUUCUUCCUCAGUCAACCUUCAUUUGAAGGUUACAAUAA